AACUUACAAGUACACGUAACAUGUUUCUUGUUGGUCUUACCGGGGGCAUAGCUUCUGGAAAAUCUACAGUUUCUAAACUCCUGUCCGAACUUGGGUGUAAUGUUAUCGAUGCAGACAAGCUAGCGAGGGAAGUUGUUGCCCCUGGAGCUCCAGCCUGGAAGAAAAUUCGACAACAUUUUGGAGACAAAGUUUUAUUGGAGAAUGGAGAACUCAACCGAGAGAAACUUGGAGAGAUCAUUUUUGCUGAUCCUCAGGAAAGACGAAUAUUGAAUUCACUCACUCACCCUGAAAUACAUAAAAUCAUGCUAUGGAGAAUUUUCAAGCUCUUCAUAAGAGGCCAUUGCUUUGCUAUCCUGGACAUCCCACUGCUGUAUGAGACUGGGAAAAUCCUACCUUACAUGACAUACACCAUAGUUGUGAAUUGUUCUAAGGACCAACAGUUAGAGCGAUUGAUGGAAAGAAAUAAACUGACAGAAGAGGAAGCAAGAGGCAGAAUGGAAGCUCAGAUGCCAUUGGCUCAGAAAGUAAAAGCUGCCACCUAUGUAAUAGACAAUAGUGGAAGUUUGAUAUCAACUGAAAAACAAGUGCGAGAUUUACAUGGGAAAUUACAAAGAAGUAAAGCACACUGGAGACUUAGACUGGUCUUGUCAUCUGUCGUCAUGGUAACGCUUGGAGUACUAUUUUAUGUAUUCUCUUAGGUUGUGUAAU